UAAUUGAAUAUAUUCCUAUUCUUUAGUAAAUACUCUAAUCUUAUUCUAAAACAAAUACUGCAUCUCUGUUUUGUGUUUCAUAUACAUUGCAGUAUGUUGUAACGAGUACUUUGUUUUCUAUUGUAUGUUAUAUAAUCUCAAUUAUAUGCACGUGUGUAUCUUCGUAUAUGCAUGCAUAUGUAUAUCAAGCGUUAUCUUAUCAACUCGUUGAAUUUUCUGUUUUCCAAAGUUUUUGAUAUUGCACUUACUAAACUUUGAAUAAAAUUAUCGUUUUAAAUAUAGAAUUUUAUUGAUAGUAUAAAUCCAUACAUAAAAGGCAAUUCUGCUUCUUCAUUUACUUCCACUUCUAGUUCUAGUACAUCUUAUCAUAUAUUUUUUUACAUGUUUUGUAAAUAAUGAUUAUGUAGCUGUUGCGACUUAUUUACUCGCGAUUCUUAAAAGUUUGUUAUAUAAAAGUAAUGCAUGAGUCAUGAACAACCGCAAUUAUGUGAAAUUCUUCGUCAUAGUUCUUUGGAAUCUAAGAAACAGUAUUCACAAGCCUUGUCAAGUCACUCAAUCAUUACUAGAUUGCAUGGUCGGUAUCCAGUAUUAUUCUCAUACACGAUGUAGAUUUGUUAGUGUUUCUAUUAGGUAGUCUACAUAUUAUAGAUCAAUCGAUAUGGAAAAUACGAUAGAUUCAAUGUUAUCGUAUACACCAGUAUAUGGUAAAGAGAUUACGAAAAGUUUUGAAAAUAAUUUUUCAAGAAUUAAGGAGGAAUGUUACCUGGAUCAUGCAGGAGCAACACUGUAUUCUGAUAUACAAAUAAAAAAUGUUGCAUUUGAUUUACACAAUUCACUUUAUGCCAAUCCACAUUCCAUUGGAACUGCAAGUAACGUAACUCAAGAUAUUAUAGAGCGCAUGAGAUACCAGAUUUUGGAUCAUUUCCACACCACUACUGAUGAAUACAGUAUUAUUUUCACAUCAGGUGCAACUGCGUCCUUAAAGUUAAUAGCUGAUACAUUCUUUUUUAACAAGGAUGAAGAAGAUACCUUUAAUUCAGGGCAUUUUAUCUAUACACAGGAUAAUCAUACUUCAGUUCUUGGCAUGAGAGAAGUUGUUAAUAAAAAAGGAGUAAAGAUAUCUUGUUUGAGUCACAACAAUGCUUUCGAAAUUUUCAAUUCCUCAAAAUCUAUGAAUUCCUAUCAACAACAGAAUAAUUCCAUCAAAAGUAAUUCACUGUUUGCUUACUCUGCCCAAUGUAAUUUUUCUGGAUUAAAGUAUCCUUUAACAUGGAUUAGAGAUGUACAUAAUGGAAUUCUAUCUAGUGUUGUUUCUGAUACAUCUACAAAGUGGUAUGUCCUACUUGAUGCUGCUAGCUUUGCAUCUACAAAUGACUUAGAUCUAUCUAUCUACAAACCAGAUUUUGUUUGCUUAUCUUUUUAUAAAAUGUUUGGAUAUCCUACUGGAAUUGGUGCAUUACUAGUAAAAAAUGAUAGUGCAAAUGUACUUCAAAAAGUUUAUUAUGGUGGUGGUACCAUAGAUGUUUCAUUGACCUCUGAAUUGUUCCAUAUAAAACGAAAAACUCUUCAUCAAAGAUUUGAAGAUGGUACUAUCCCAUUUCUCUCUAUAAUUUCUUUGAAACAUGGUUUUGAUAUAUUAUCAUCUAUCACAAUGGACAAAAUUUCAAAGCAUGUAUUUUCACUUGCAAGGUUUUUGCACAGAUCUCUAUUAAUACUUCACCAUGCCAAUGGGAAACCAGUUGCAAGAUUGUAUUGCGAUACUGCCUUUGAUAAUCGCAAUAUACAAGGGGGUAUUGUUACCUUUAAUCUUAUGCGGCCCAAUGGUGAAUAUGUAGGAUACAUGGAGAUUUUACAUAUGGCAGCUUUGUUCAAAAUACAUCUAAGAACUGGUUGCUUUUGCAACCCUGGUGCAUGUCAGAGAUAUUUAGCAUUAUCGAAUAAGGAAGUUCUUCAGAAUUAUGAGGCUGGUUAUGUUUGUGGAGGUUCUGCAGAUUUAAUAAAUGGGAAACCAACAGGUGCUGUUAGAGCUUCAUUUGGAUACAUGUCUACAAUCAAGGAUGUUCAAACUUUAUUAUUUAUGAUUAAAAAGUGUUUUGUGGAUGGGCCACCAAUAAAUAAAAUUCCAGAGUGGUGGUUAGAUCAUAAAAGAGCUUUAUACAAAAAAUGUUAUCAACGUGAUAUAAAUACAAAAGAUGUAACAAAUUAUGUUGCAAAUGAUGAUAUGAAUGAAAUUACAGAUAAACUAAAAAAUAUGAAAAAAUCAGUAACUCAUCUUAUUAAUGACAAUCCAUUUUUUAAACUCAUAAUGGACACUAGUGCAACUAAAAAGAAAUGUACUUUAGAACAAUUGUACAUAUAUCCAAUAAAGUCAUGUGGUGCCUAUAAAAUAAUAGGUUCUUGGAAUUUAAAUUCAAAAGGUCUAGAAUAUGAUAGAGAGUGGAUGAUUAUUACAUCUUCUGGUACUUGUUUAACACAAAAGCAACAUGUUAAUCUUUGUUUAUUAAAUCCAAUAAUAUAUAAAGACAGAGGAAUCAUGCAAUUACAUUAUCCAGAAAUGCCUACUAUGGACAUUUCUUUAAAUGGUAGCCCAAAAAAUACUAUAAAUGGUACAGUAUGUCAAAGUAGAGUUUGUGGGCACAAAGUACAAGGUAUUGAUUGUGGUUCAGAAGUUUCUGAAUGGUUAAGUUCAGCAUUAGGUCUUCCAAAUCUGAGGCUUAUAAGACAAAAUGAUAAUGGUAAUAGAAAGAAAGAUAUCUUUCAUAACAUAAAAUUCAAAGAUUCUGUUUUCUCAUAUAUAACUGCAUUUUGCUUUGCAGAGAAUAGUAAAACUGAAUUAUCAUUCGCUAGCCAAGCUCAAUAUUUAGUAAUAAAUAAGGCAAGCGUAUCAUGGCUUAGUGAUAAAAUAUCUGAUACAGGAUUUCAAAAAGACACAAUUAUACAUAGAUUUAGGGGAAACAUGAUAUUAAGCGGUUGUGAAGCCUUCGAAGAAACAAAAUGGAAACAUGUCUAUAUAGGAAAAAAUAGUUUUGUGGUAACUGGGCCAUGCACUAGAUGUCAAAUGAUUUGCAUUGAUCAAACCACCAGUAAAAAGACAGUAGAACCAUUACGUACACUCACAGAACAAUUACAUGGGAAAAUGAGGUUUGGUAUUUAUUUGACCAAAGAAACUAAAGAAGACGGAAUCAUUACUGUCGGAGAUAUCGUUCAUAUUUUAUAAUUGAAUGAUUAACAUAAUUAUUAUCAAAUGUAGAUAAAGGUAUUUUAUACAAAGUUAUGUAAAAAAUAUGAUUAGAAUUUUAUAUAGAAAAAAAUUAAUAUAUUUUACAAAUCAUAAAGUAUUGACGAAUACUUAGUAUUCUCUUCCGCUAUUUUUAUAGAUUGUUAUAUAGAGAACAAUAUUCAUUUUCUUGUUACUAUAGACAUGAUGCAUCAUACUUGCCAACAUUAUAGAAUUUACUAAAUAUUUUAUAUUAGAAAAAUUAAUAGCUUUUGCACCAUUAUAUUACAUGUGAUACAUAAAAAAUAUAAUAAGAUAUUAAACUUAAAUAUAGUUCACUCGAAUAUAGAAGUACAAAAAACAAAA